AGUGUCCAGUAGAUGAUAAGAUACCGAGAACAAUUCCUUGCUCACCAAUCGCGAACGUAGCGCCGUCCAGGAUGGAAGUAAAUCUACUCCAGCUCGCGGUGGUAAUCGCCGUUUUAGCCUACCUUUACCGUUUACUAACCAAGAACAAUGGAUACUUUCACGAUAAACCGAUACCUUCGCUGCCAGUGAAACCACUGGUGGGGUCCUCGGGUCAACUUCUACUUAAGCGAACCACUUUCCCGGACUUCAUCAAGAUGGUCUACAACAAGUUUCCCAGCGUAAAAGUUCUAGGAUUAUUCGAUACCACCACGCCAAUGUUCGUCAUUCGAGAUCCGGAACUGAUCAAGCGAAUCGGCGUCAAAGACUUCGACCACUUCGUAGAUCAUCGGCCGAUAUUCGGGACCAGCGAGGAAAUCGACAACCCACAUGCUCUGUUCGGGAAGUCACUGUUUGCGAUGAACGGUCAAAAGUGGCGGGAUAUGCGGGCGACACUCAGUCCGGCCUUCACCGGAAGUAAGAUGCGACAGAUGUUCCAACUGAUGGCGGAUUGCAUGAUAACGAUGGUUCGCUUUUACGAGGGUGAAUCGAAGAAGACUGGUGGUUCGAUAGAGGUGGAGGUGAAGGAUAUCCUGUCACGACUGGGACUGGAUGUGAUUGCGUCCUGUGCCUUCGGAUUGAAGCUGGAUUCCUUUAAGGAUCGGGAUAGUGAAUUUGUACGGCAUGCGAAGAAAAUGAUGCGGUUCGGAAAGAUUAGCACUGUGAUGAAGAUAUUUGCUUUCCGCUGGUUUCCUAAUGUAGUUGGACGUCUGGGUUUGGAUCUAAUUGAUCGGGAGCAGGCGGUUUAUUUCUCCGAAAUCAUCAAGGACACAGUGAAAACUCGCGAAAGCAAGGGAAUCAUUCGACAUGAUAUGAUUGAUUUGCUCCAGCAAGCUAGAAAAGGAACGUUGAAGCACCAGCAGGAGACAGAAAUGCAAGAGGGAUUUUCUACGGUGCAAGAAUCUGAUGUAGGAAAAGCACAGGUGAUGAAAACUAUGACCGAGACAGAAAUGAUUGCACAGUGUCUCAUUUUCUUCGUCGCCGGAUUUGACACGGUUUCGACUAGUGCAACCUUUCUGAUAUACGAGUUGAUUCGAAACCCGGAAAUCCAACAAACUUUGUACAAUGAAGUCAUAGAAACACACAAAUCACUCGCCGGAAGUCCCCUAACAUACGACGUUCUUCAAAAAAUGAAAUACCUGGACAUGGUUGUAUCGGAAUCAUUUCGACUGUGGCCACCGGCGCCAGCAAUCGAUCGGCUUUGUGUGCGUGAUUACACCCUGGAUGACGGCGAAGGAUUGCGGUUUACCAUCGAUAAGGGAACUUGUGCUUGGAUCCCUGUCCAAGGUUUGCAUCAUGACCCGCAGUACUACCCGGACCCGGAUCGAUUCGAUCCGGAACGGUUCAACGAUGAGAACAAGGGAAACAUCAAUUUGGGAGCCUACCUACCGUUCGGUAUUGGUCCCCGAAACUGUAUUGGAUCCCGAUUCGCAUUGAUGGAGGUCAAAUCCAUUGUGUACUACUUGCUGCUGAAGUUUUCAUUCCACCGGAGCGAAAAGACGCAGAUACCACUGAAGCUGAAGAAAGGAUUCGUCAACUUACAAACGGAGAAGGGAAUGUAUAUGCGACUGCAGCUACGAAGCGAUGUUUAGUUUGCGGAUAAUUGAUUAGAUUUUCCGCUUAUGGCCGGUACCAAAUAGGGAGUGAGUGGUGUGAUAAGAUAACGUAGUUUGGGCCAUGCUUAUCUGGCGACCUGGCGUAUGUUUAUCUGAGUAUGAUUUUUCGUUUAUAAAAUAAAACAAACACAUUCCAAAACCGAUGUCUGAAUGAGUUGCGUUUUUGUUUUGUUGCACUUAGAUUGAUUCCGCUAAUUUUUCCACUGUUUCUUUCUGUUUACGAUUGUAGGGUAUUCGGAAUCUAUCAAAUAUCUAAUAUGUUAUUGUUGUAUUAAUUUUAAAAAGUUUUUGAUAUUAUUAGAAACACGUUUCCUAUGCUAUGGUACAACGGUAUUACAGUUUUAAUGGUGUAACGGUACAAAAUGGCUUAAAAUCCAUCUUAAUCUUCUCAAUCAUAUUAAUAAACUUUUUCUGUAUAUGUAUAAACUAUUUCCAAAUAAAGAAAAAACGAAAAAU